UCUUCACACUGCUCGAUAAAUUGUGGUCAGGAAGAGUGUAAACAUUUUGUGGUAAUCUACUCUUUCCUCAUCUUUUUUGGGAGCGAACUGAGGACAGAAUUAUCACUCCUGCUUCGACAUGCCUGAAAGAGAUUCCGAGCUGUACUCCAACCCUCUGGCCCCGGACAAUCAUGAAGUGGAGGAGCAUCGGUCAGCGCUUCAAUCCAAGCUAACCAAUGAGGACUUCAGAAAGCUUUUGAUGACCCCACGGGCACCGCCCUCUUCAGCACCCCCUUCAAAGUCUCGUCACCAUGAAAUGCCCAGGGAGUACAAUGAGGAUGAAGACCCUGCUGCCCGAAGGAGAAAGAAAAAAAGUUACUAUGCUAAGCUGCGGCAGCAGGAGCUGGAACGGGAGAGGGAGCUGGCCGAGAAAUAUCGGGACCGAGCGCGAGAGAGACGUGAUGGAGUCAACAAAGACUAUGAGGAGACCGAGCUCAUCAGCACCACAGCCAACUACAGAGCAGUGGGUCCCACCGCAGAGGCGGACAAAUCUGCUGCUGAGAAGAGACGGCAGUUGAUUCAAGAGUCCAAGUUCUUGGGUGGUGACAUGGAACACACUCACUUGGUGAAAGGGUUGGAUUUUGCUCUGCUACAGAAGGUCAGGGCUGAGAUCACCAGCAAAGAAAGAGAAGAGGAGGACAUGAUUGAAAAAGCACAGAAGGAAAUCAAGAAGGAUGAAGAUCCAGAACAGAAGAUAGAAUUUAAGACCCGUCUAGGAAGGAACAUCUACCGUAUCCUGUUCAGAGGCCGUCAUAUGGAGAGGAACGAGCUGUUCCUGCCGGGGCGCAUGGCCUACGUGGUGGACCUGGAGGACGAAUACGCCGACACUGACAUCCCCACCACCCUGAUUCGUAGCAAGGCCGACUGUCCUACCAUGGAGGCCCAGACCACGCUCACCACCAACGACAUUGUGAUCAGUAAACUGACUCAGAUCCUGUCUUAUCUGAGACAGGGCACACGCAACAAGAGGAUCAAAAAGAAGGAAAAAGGGAAACAGGAUGAAAAGAAAGCUCCUGAAGCUGACAUGAAUAUCUUUGAGGACAUUGGUGACUACAUCCCCUCCACCUCCAAGUCUUCCCGAGACAAAGAGAAAGAACGUUAUCGUGAGAAGGACAGAGAGAGGGAUCAGGAGAGGGAGAGAGAGAGGGAGAGAGAGAGAGAGAGAGAAGAGGACAGACGUCGUCACAGUUAUUUUGAGAAGCCCAGAGCUGACGAUGAGGCCAUGGACAUUGAUAAAGGACCUGGAUCAGUGAGAGACCAGAUAAAACUGAUCAAUGAGAAAUUUGCUGAAGCUGCAUCUGCACAGUGGCAGACACAAGAGAAUGCUGGGAGCAGGCGUGAGGAGAAGAAACACCUUGGGGAUUUCUUUGGCAUGUCCAACAGUUACGCAGAGUGUUACCCAGCCACGUUGGAUGACCUUGCUGUUGACAGUGAUGAAGAGGUGGACUACAGUAAGAUGGACCAGGGCAAUAAGAAAGGACCACUGGGGCGCUGGGACUUUGACACGCAGGAAGAGUACAGUGACUACAUGAACAAUAAGGAAGCCCUCCCAAAGGCUGCCUUCCAGUAUGGUAUAAAGAUGUCUGAGGGCAGGAAGACUCGUCGCUUCAAAGAGACCAAUGAGAAGGCGGAGUUGGAUCGGCAGUGGAAGAAGAUCAGUGCUAUCAUUGAGAAGAGGAAGAAGAUGGAGGCAGAUGGAGUGGAAGUGAAGAGGCCAAAAUACUGAAUUUCCUGAAUUUCUUUUAUCUGAAAAAAAAUUGUCUUCAGUUUGCCAGCAAUAUUAUGUUCACUGCAUAUGCUGAAUUCCUGCGUUUGGUACAUGCAUAGAUAUCUAUCAGUGUGUAUUUCUUUGUGUACAUCAUUCUGUAGAUUUUCUGUAAAAGCUCUGGCGAAGGUUAGAAGUGUGUUUAUAUAACACUGAAUAA